AUGGCGGAAAAGGUGUUCCUGGACAUGACAUUUGGAGGGGGUGGCCAUUCAAAAGCCAUUUUGAACUGUUCAUCAUCUAUUCAGGUGUUUGGUCUUGAUCGAGAUCCAGUGGCCUACAAUAUAGCUUCAAGUUUAACUAAAUAUAGAGGGCGUCUACACCCAAUGCUAGGCAGGUUCAGUGAGUUAGAGAAUGUUGCUAAGAAAGUUGGUCUCCGUCCAGGCACUCUAGAUGGUAUAGUGAUUGAUGCAGGAUGUUCGUCUAUGCAGUUUGAUACACCAGAAAGAGGGUUUGCCUUGAGUCAGUCCGGACCACUCGACAUGAGAAUGGAUGGUGAUAGAAAUCCAAACCAACCCACAGCUGCUGAAGUUGUAAAUUCACUGAAUGUGGAAACUCUUGCAAGAAUAAUAAAGACGUAUGGAGAGGAUAAACAGGCAAAAAAAAUUGCAAGGCUAAUUGUUGAAUUCCGCGAAAAAUACCAUCCAAUUCAAACAACGUCAGAAUUAUGCAACAUUGUAUCGUUUGCAUUCACACACAGACAGUCAAAUGAAUCUAAGGAUAUGAUUGGUCGAAAAAUGCAUGUGGCAACCAGAACAUUCCAGGCACUUAGAAUAUUUGUGAAUAAUGAAUUGGAAGAGUUGAAUAUUGGUUUGAAUUUAGCAUCAAAGUUUCUGAAACCGGGUGGCAAACUAGCGGUCUUAACUUUUCACUCAUUAGAGGACAGAAUCGUAAAACGAACCAUGCAAGGAAGAGACGUGAUGGAGCCUGGUAGAAGCAUCCAUCAAAAGAAGCAAGCAUCUUUUGAGAAAGGCUGGGAAAGUCAUCAAGAAGACUCGGAAAAGGUAUGGUUAUUUGAGGAUAAAUUAAUAAUGCCGUCAGAAGAAGAGGUCGAGGUGAACCCAAGGUCAAGGUCGGCUAAAUUAAGGAAGGCUAUCAAGUUAUGAGGAUGUUUAAAAAUGAUUUUUGCCAAAAAUAAUGGACAAAUUUGUAAAUAAAGAAUAGGGUUGCAUGCUUUAUGCAUAAAUUACAUAAAGGUAAAAAGCAAAAUUAUGAAACCAUUGUUGUUACUGUAGGUGUAAUAAAGUAGCACAACUAGUACAGUAUGCAUUUGGCUAUAGUAUACAGGGCUGACAGAACGUUUUCGAAAGUGGGUGGGGGACACUAGUAUGAUGAAUGGGAAUAUGAAUUGCGAGGGAGCCGAUUAUACAAAAAUCUGCUUAGACAUAUAUUUCUGCCAAAAAGUCUGGAGCCCUGGCACCGGUUUCUUAGGCCAUGGUAUAUGCAAACAAUCUGAAUUUUAGUACUGUACCAUACUUUACUGAAUAUAAGACCAUGUUCGAAUAUAAGCCCAGCCUACUUUAGGCUCUAUUUAACUGUUAGCCUUUGUCCAUCGUAUGCCGGAAAAUAAUGUUGUUAUAGUGCCACCAACAACAUAUAUUUUCAGAUUUUCCUCAUAUUUUAGAGUUGGAAGCCCACCCUUAAAAACUUUUGGACCAAGAAAUAGAGUCCCCUUAAUAGGGAUUGUUCUAUAAAGGAACGGCUCUACUGUAUAACUUUUUGGGGGUCAACAUACACAGAUAUCAUAGCUUGGUUCUCACGGGAGCCCUAGUAUCUGGAUCGGGAGCUAACCGUUGGCACCUGCGUGAGAACGCCUGAUCGGUUAGCGCUAACCAUUAGCAGUAUCCGGAUACAGCUAAUGGUUAGCAACCGCUAUCGGUUAGCAAAUUGAGCGGGUUUUU